AUGAGUCUCUGGCAAUCUGCUCCCAUGCACUGGCAAACCUACACCACUUCAACACCACUCACUCCUCAACUGGAAGAAGCAUUCAGACGACAAGCAUCUCAAGCGUUCAGACAUUCCCAUCAAUCAAUAGGGUAUUCUGUCUCUUCAUCAUUUACGACUCAUAAUGGCGUUACUACCGGUACCACCCAAUUACAAGUAGGUAAAGCCACACCAUGGACUACAGAGGAGAUAGCUGCGGUGGAAGGGUAUCUCGUGGGCUUAGUUCCGAAAGGUACUUUGUUAGGACCAUCAGGUAGACCUGUAGGAUAUAUCGAAUCAACGCCACCCUCAGCAGUUUCAUCCACCAAGUUCAAGAAACGUUCUGACUCCAGAUCCACUGCACCCUCCCUCACUUCAUUCCCCUCGACAGUCAGCGAAGCAGGAACAGUUUCACCCUCGGUUCCACCGCCAGGGAUGCAGAUGACAAUGGCUACUUCGCCUGCUAGUCCAACUGGGUCGAAUCACGUCCAUUAUGAGGAUUUGCCAUAUCAUCAACCUCAGCGAGGGAAUAGUAAUAGGUUUAGCUCGAUUACUAGGAAGUUUAAGAAGAAGAAUACGAGUAUGGGCAAUUGA